GCAUUGCUCACGCCAGUGUAGUGUCUCGCCUCAGCCGCGCUGACGUUUGGCGAGCUAUUCGUUAGUCAUGAACGUUUCGUUUACGAUUGAAUAAUACCUGUGCCUCGAGAAAAUUUAGCGCCAAAAAAGAUUUUGACUUUUAAAGUGUCGUUAUGUGGUUGUUUAUACAGAUAAUGGGUGCUCUUGCGCUAUUUCACGCACCCGAGCUGGCCUAUGGUGAAGAUUUUGGCUAUGACGGAGAUUUAGGGCCAAGAUAUUGGGGUGACAGGUACCAGGAAUGCAGAGGCAAACACCAAAGUCCAAUCAACAUAAACAUUUUGCGGGUAAAGCAAGUCGCGCUGCCCGAUAUCACGUUCAUCGGCUUCGAUGACCCCAUAGAUGAUGUGCAUGUCACCAACAAUGGACAUACAGUUCUAAUCGAAGUGGAAAACGAGCCCCAUCCACGAGUUAGUGGGGGUCCUCUCGACGGCAGCUACGUGUUCAGUCAGAUGCAUUUCCACUGGGGCGACAAUGAUACUUUUGGUUCGGAGGAUAAAAUUAACCAUAGAAGUUUCGCAAUGGAGUUGCACAUGGUGUUUUACAAGGAACACUACAGAUCGAUCCAACAAGCGGUGAAACAUUCCGAUGGUUUAACGGUCCUUGCAUUCUUUUACGAGUUAGACCGUCACAAGCAUCCCGCCUACGACGACAUGACGUCAGCGCUUCAGAACGUGACCGACCCGCACUCCAGUGUGGUGAUGAGCAACCCCUUCUCCUUCCUCAACAUCCUCCCGCUGGACCUGCGGCGAUAUUUCACCUACCGAGGCUCCUUGACCACGCCUCCUUGCUCCGAAGUGGUGAUAUGGCUAGACUUCGAACAGCCAAUACGGCUGGCGCAUGAUCAGAUCGAGGCAUUCAGGGAACUGCGUUCGGCGAAUGGAAAAAUUACACACAACUUUCGACCGAUACAACCGAUCGGCGACCGCGUAGUGUUCUACAACGUCGACAAUAAUUACUUUGCGUAUAACGAAAUUGAUGACCCCGACGAAUCCGGACCUGGAAGUACCAGAAAACGGGGAAAAAAUUGUAGCCAUAAGAUUAGGUUAAGCUUUCUAACUUAUGUAUUUAUAUUAAUAGGUAGCUAUAUUAGGACAUGAUGGAAAGUUAAAAAUGUUGGAAAAAGUAGAAACAAAUUAAAUUAGUUUGUUGAAAGGAAAUUAGCAACAAAUAUUAGGAAAGCUCGCACAUUGUAUUUUACUAAGUUUGAAUUUUUGAUUGAAACUAAAUUAGAUAGCAAAAAAGACGUUAUAUAUUAAUAAUACUUAAUAAUAAAGUGAUUUGAUGGUAUUUGUAUCUAGUGCCAAAAAAAAUGUGAAUAUUAAAAUUAAUGCUAAUAAUUUAGAAGUAAUUUAUUAGCUAAAUUAACGAAACUAUGAUUCUAAAUUCUAGUAGGCUAUCAAUUUAUUUAAUUAAUAACAAGCUUAUAGAAGAAACAAAAAUAUAUCACAGAGGAAACAUACCAUAAUGCCGUAGAUUUGUAAAACAAUAGACAGUGUGUAGUCGCAGUAUUCGUAAACCGUUUUAAGUGCCCCUGAAAUGGGAGCCCUUGACGCAUCGCUACGCUACAAUAAGUACACUUGUCUGCGUGUCAGCGAGUGUAAUUAGCUUAGAUCUUACGCUCACAUAGUCACAGAAGUGGCUUACGUUUGGAGUGAAAAAUUGUUGUGUUGCAGGUCUAUAGGUUAUGAGUCUAAGCUUUAGACUCUCUUUAAUGGCCAAGACUAUUCAAUAUAAAUAGAUUUUUGGUUCAAGCUACAUAUACAAGCUAUUAAUACAUUUUUACUUAGUUUUGUGUAAAUAUUAAAAAUUUAAAUAUCCAUUUCCAGUCAAUUGAAAUAACAUGAACAAUAUUUCAUUUUCCCUUCUGAGUAAAUGUGAAGUCUGUGCUAGGAUACCAAUCUAAAAGGUUCAAGAUAUCUAGGACAUCCUGACACAGCCCAGCCCUUUAACUUUAAAGCUAUUGAGGCUCAUUCACAUAACAUGGUACAUAGUUAUAUUGUUAGACAAAAUGUUUCAUAAUAUGUGAUUAAUGAUUAUGAAUAAAGUAUAUAAUUUGUAAGGGAUGUAAUAAAAUUCUUAUUUAUAAGGUAUCUAAGAAAAGUACUGAGCUGUGAUAAGUAACAAUUUAUUUUGAUAUUAAUGUUCAUUUAAUAAACUAGACUUUAUGCACUUA